GUGUUAUAUUUGCAUUUUAACGCGGCCAUGUCAGUCACAGGACAAUGGAAUCUCAUUUGGUGGCGAUAUCUGGCUGAUUUGAACGAAAAAUGAAAGUAGUUUGUUAAGACGUAAGGCCAGGUAGAGAACAUCAGUAAUAACAGUUUGUGUUUUCACAGACAGCGUCAAGUUACCUAGGUUAGAGAUAAACAAGCCAGCCAUUCUUGGGUAGCUGUUUCCUCCUGUUAAGAAACAGUUUUCGACAUGAUCCUCUCUCGCGUAAAACCAGCCGUCGGAGGAGAGCCACCUGUGAGCAUCAGUGAGAAGAAGAAGAAAAACAAGACCAAUGUUCCCCGAGUGGAUGAAUACCUGGAACAGAGAGAUUACCUCGGGGCCUUGACACUGUUAGAGUUUCAGAGAAGUAUUGGAGAGAAAGAGGAACAUGCAGACCUCUGGAUUGGCUUCUGUGCUUUUCACCUGGGUGAUUACAAGAGAGCUAUGGAGGAGUACAAAGCUCUGACCAUGAAGCCUGACUGUUCUGAUAGUGUGUGGGUCUACCUGGCCUGUGCCCUGUUUUUUCUGGGGCUCUAUAAAGAGGCUGAAGAGGCUGCAUCUAAAGGGCCAAAGUCCCCUCUUCAAAAUCGGCUCCUUUUCCACUUGGCUCACAAGUUCAACGAUGAGAAGAGGCUGAUGGGCUUCCAUCAGAACCUGGAGGAUGUGACAGAGGACCAGCUAAGCUUGGCAUCCAUCCACUACAUGCGCUCCCACUACCAGGAGGCUAUAGACAUCUAUAAACGCCUUCUACUGCAGAACAGAGAUUACCUGGCUCUGAAAGUCUACGUGGCUCUGUGUUACUACAAGCUGGACUACUAUGAUGUGUCCCAGGAGGUGUUGGCUGUGUACCUGCAGAGCAUCCCUGACUCCACUAUUGCCCUCAAUCUCAAGGCCUGCAACCACUUCAGGCUCUACAACGGCAAGGCAGCGGAGGCCGAGUUGAAGAACCUAAUCGACAUCUCCUCAUGCUCCUUUGAGUUUGCUAAGGAGCUUAUCCGACACAACCUGGUGGUGUUUCGUGGUGGGGAGGGGGCGUUGCAGGUGCUGCCUCCAUUGAUCGAUGUGAUCCCUGAGGCCAGACUGAACCUGGUCAUCUACUAUCUCAGACAGGAUGACGUCCAGGAGGCGUACAACCUGAUACAAGAUUUGGUGCCGACAACACCUCAGGAGUAUAUUUUGAAAGGAGUGGUAAACGCGGCAUUGGGACAAGAAAUUGGAUCAAGAGAUCACUUGAAAAUCGCUCAGCAGUUCUUUCAGCUGGUUGGAGGCUCAGCCAGUGAAUGCGACACUAUUCCUGGCAGACAGUGCAUGGCCUCCUGCUUCUUCCUCUUGAGACAGUUUGAAGACGUUCUCAUAUAUCUCAACUCUGUCAAGGGUUACUUUUAUAAUGAUGAUACGUUCAACUUCAACUAUGCUCAGGCUAAAGCAGCCCUUGGCAACUACAAAGAAGCAGAAGAGAUUUUUCUUCUGAUUCAAAGCGAAAAGAUCAAGAAUGACUAUGUUUAUCUCAGCUGGCUGGCACGCUGCUACAUAAUGAACCAGAAGGGUCGGCUUGCCUGGGAGCUCUAUCUGAAGAUGGGCACUUCCUCUGAUUCCUUCAGUCUGCUUCAGCUCAUUGCCAACGACUGCUACAAGAUGGGCCAGUUCUACUAUGCAGCCAAAGCAUUCGAUGCCCUGGAGAAGCUAGACCCAGGAUCCAACUACUGGGAGGGCAAGAGAGGGGCAUGUGUUGGCGUCUUCCAGCUCAUACUGGCGAACAAAGAGUCCAAGGAGAUACUUAAAGAGGUGGUGCUCCUGCUGCGAAACUCUGGAAACCCCCAGGUUGAAUAUAUCAUCAGAGCUCUGAGGAAGUGGGCAAAAGACAACAGAGUCCUCCUCUCGUGACUGCCUUCAACAUUCAAUUUCAUUCACUACAGAUCUGUGCACACCCACAGCAGCUACUUCAUGCAUACAUUAGCAGUUAUUGUCGUGAAUGUGCUAAUUUCACUUGAAAUAAUUGAAUGAAUAAUAUCUAUGCCCCACGAAGCAAAGAAAUAGGGAGUUAUUGUUAUACUGUACUUUGUUUUGUAUUGACAACAUGUAAACUCUGAAUGCAAUUAAUUAAGUACGUGUAUAUUUUUAA